AUGGCAGCCCUCCGCCGCCUCUUCAAGCUGAAAAAGCCACAGUCCUCCACCUCGCCCUCCCCCUCACUCCCCUCCCAGGCCCAAGAGGACUCCAAAUCUGCGGCCGGAAACGCCAAACCACCACCAGCAGCAGCAGCAGCAGCAGCCGAUAAAGCAGCCAAACCAGAAAAGGAAGACAACCCGCUAAAAUACACCUUCCCUUCCCCCUGGGUCUCCAAGAAGGCCGCCGGGGAGGACCAAGAGACCGCCGUCGUCCUCCACGUCCCGCUGGCAGAACCCCCAUCCUGCACCAAGUGCGGCGGGGCCCAGCAGAACCUGCAGUAUGCUAUUGGGCUCUCGGCACUGCUGGAUGUGAGUAAGAUGCUGCUGUCGAUGCUGUGUGUGGUGCUUGGUGUUGUGGUGAUGGUGCUGAUGUCGGCGACGUGGGUGCUGACGAGGGCGUCGGCGGGGUUGGAGGGGGUGUAUUUCGGGCUGGAUAAGAAGAAAGAGAAGAAGAACGAGGAGGAGGGGGAAGGGGGGGAGGAGGGGGAGGAGGAGAAGGGGGGGAAAGUGUUGAUUGGUGUUGGUGUAGAGAGGGAGGAAGGUGGGAGUGAGGUGGUGUUGCUCCGCCGUGAUAGUGAUGGGGAGCUGUAUGAGCUGGAUAAUUAUGAUGCACACCAGCCGGAGGAGGGGUAUGAGUUUGUGCCGGAGAUUAGGCCCGUGAUUGUGUUUAGGGAGGAGAGGCUGGCGUUUGCGGCGGCGAGGAGGGCGUGGGUGCGGGGUGGGGUGCGGAUGGGGGGGAGGGCGGCGAGUUGUGAAAGGUAA